ACAACUACUUAUCUGCUUUGAGCUUCUGUAGAAAAGAAAGUCUUGUACCAUCAUGGCAAAAUUUCUGCUGCUUGCUUUGACAUUUGGACUGGCACAUGCUGCGAUGGAAGGACCAUGGAAAACUGUUGCUAUUGCUGCUGAUAGAGUAGACAAGAUAGAGAGAGGUGGAGAACUGAGAAUCUAUUGUCGUAGCCUUACCUGUGAAAAGGAAUGCAAGGAAAUGAAAGUCACAUUUUAUGUCAAUGAAAAUGGACAGUGCUCAUUGACCACAAUCACUGGGUAUUUGCAAGAAGAUGGCAAGACCUACAAAACUCAGUUUCAAGGGAAUAAUCGUUAUAAACUUGUGGAUGAGUCACCUGAGAACUUAACAUUUUAUAGUGAGAACGUGGACAGAGCUGACCGGAAAACAAAAUUGCUAUUUAUUCUUGGCCAUGGCCCUUUAACUUCUGAACAAAAGGAAAAAUUUGCUGAACUUGCUGAAGAAAAGGGAAUUCCAGCUGGAAACAUCAGAGAAGUCCUGAUUACAGAUUACUGUCCUGAAUGAAGUACUUCUGCAUAUUUAAAAACAGGAUCAGAAUUAUGGAUCAUGUGGUCUUGACCUUGAAAUCAAUAUCAUCUAUAAUUAACUUGUUCUUUCAAAACAACUUUCCCUCCCUUGUGAAGUCAGGGUAUUACAUACCAAAAUCUAAACAUGCCUUUCCUUCCCCUUCUCAUGAUCUUCCUUUUUUGAAUGACUUAAUAAAGUGAUUUAAGAAGC